AUGGAGCUCCCCGAGCACGGGCGGCGGCUCCUGCGCCGGCUGAGGCGGCAGCGCGACCGGGGCCUCCUGUGCGACUGCGCGGUGCUGGUGGGCGCCGCGCGCUUCCCCGCGCACCGCGCCGUGCUGGCCGCCUGCAGCGCCCGCUUCCGCCGCCUCUACCGGGAGCGGCCCGCCGCCGCCACCGUGCGGCUCGACGGCGACGUCGUCUCCGCGCCCGCCUUCCGCCGCCUGCUGGACUUCAUGUACGACGGCCGCUUGGACCUGCGCGGCCCGCCGCCGGAGGACGUCCUGGCCGCCGCCAGCUACCUGCAUGGACGGGACGUCGUGCGGCCCUGCCGGGGCCGGCCGGCCGAGGGGGGGCAGGAGCCCCGCGGAGCCGUCGGGGGCCCUGGACCUGUCCCUGAAGCCCAGGCCAGGACCGGGGCUGGGGCCGCGCCGCCCCGCGCCGCCCAGGAGCCCGGCCGCCCGCCCCGGGUCCCCCGGACGGCCACCCCCCGGCCGGAGCCCGGGCGGGGCCCGGCCGCUGGCGGAGGAGGAGCCGGGACCCCGCGUCCGAGCGGGCGGGCGGCGGGCGGCCCCGGAGCCCCCCAGGCCCGUGCCCCCGCCGGGCGGGGCCCGCCGGCGCCCGUGGAAGCGGAGCCCGCGGCGGGCCGGGAGGCGCAGAGCCCCCGCGGGCACCUCUGCCCUCUGCCGCUGUGCGGCCGGCUGUUUCCCAGCGCCCGCGCCCUGCAGCCGCAUCUCAGCGCCCACUUCCCGGGCGCGCGGCCCGGGGCCCGGGCCCCGCCGCCCCCCGCCGGCCCCGCGCCCACGUGCCCGCGGUGCAGCAAGACCUUCUCCUCCUACACGCUGAAGAGGCACGCGCGGACGCACUCGGGGGAGAAGCCCUACGCCUGCGCCCAGUGCGGCAAGGCCUUCCAGUACGCGCACAACCUGAGCCGCCACGCCGUGGUGCACACGCGCGAGAAGCCGCACGCCUGCCGCUGGUGCCCGCGGUUCACGCAGUCCGGAGACCUGUACCGCCACGUCCGCAAGUUCCACUGCGGCCUGGUCAAGCCCCUGCUGCUGUGA